CGCCCGCCCGCGCGCGUGCGCGCAACCCCUUCCUCCAACAGCGCGUGUGCACGAGUGUCCGCAUAGCCGCCGCCACCGCCGCUUCUGCUCUCCGAGCGCGCAGAGCCAUCGCCAAACUUUGAUAAGCUGAAACCGUCAAGCAAAGGAGGAAAUAAUAUUUUUUCUUUUUCUUAGAGUACAGAGUCCCCCGCUAAUUUUGUGUGACAAAGCUUGAGAAUACGAUCUGGACAUGGAAAACACACCAGUUGAAAUUUUUAAAGAACAGAACAAGUGCCUGACCGGGCUGCUGGAAGACUGUCCGGUGAAUUCCUCGGUUUGGCUGUCCGGAGACAGCAGCAAUGUGACCCGCGAUGAUGAGAGCUGGGAGCAGGAGAGCAUGUCCCCCAUCAUCCCCAUCAUCACCGCGGUGUACUCUGUGGUGUUCGUGGUCGGCUUGCUGGGCAACUGCCUCGUCAUGUAUGUGAUCAUCAGAUACACAAAGAUGAAGACAGCCACCAACAUCUACAUCUUCAACUUGGCGCUCGCAGACGCUCUCGUCACCACCACCAUGCCCUUCCAGAGCACCGACUACCUUCUGAACACCUGGCCGUUUGGGGAGGUGGUGUGCAAGGUCUUCAUCUCCAUCGACUACUAUAACAUGUUCACCAGCAUCUUCACUCUCACCAUGAUGAGCGUGGACCGGUACGUGGCGGUGUGCCAUCCCGUUAAAGCCCUGGACUUCCGCACACCCAUCAAAGCCAAGAUGAUCAACGUCUGCAUCUGGAUCCUGUCCUCGGCUGCAGGGAUACCGGCUUUUGUUCUGGGGGGAACUCAGACAAACAGCGACAUUACUGAAUGUGCCUUACAGUUCCCGGAGCCGUACGCCUACUGGGACACGAUGAUGAAGAUCUGUGUGUUUGUGUUUGCCUUCGUCGUGCCUGUGCUCAUCAUCACCAUCUGCUACACCCUCAUGGUCCUGAGACUGAAGAGCGUCCGGAUGCUGUCCGGAUCACGGGAGAAGGACCGCAACCUGCGGCGCAUCACGCGGCUGGUGGUGGUGGUGGUCGCCGUGUUCGUGGUCUGCUGGACGCCCAUCCACAUCUUCAUCCUGGUCAAGGCGCUUGUGAGCGUACCCGAGACCACCGCCAUCAUGGCGGCGUAUUUCUUCUGCGUGGCUCUGGGCUACACCAACAGCAGCCUCAACCCCAUCCUCUACGCCUUCCUGGACGAGAACUUCAAGCGCUGCUUCAAGGACUUCUGCCUGUCAGCCAAACUGAAAGGGGACAGGGCGUCCGGCAGCAAGAAGGUCCCCAGCACAGUCCGGGCCGCCGCUGUUCCCCUGGAGAACCCAGACGGGACUAAUAAACCCACCUGACUAGCGGUGGAGCUGUCUUCAAUUUCCCACAUUGGAAAAGAAGACUCGCAUGAUCUGGGCUUAACGCACAUCACUUCAGUGAUGUAGACUUACUCCUCUGUGAAAGCUGAUCCGCCUCUUGUUUUUAGAAACACCAUAAGGCAGAGCCAAGCUGCCAAGAUAGAUCAAAAUCUUUCACUUAAAACCACAUGAAAGUCGUCUGUUUGGCAAUUUCAUCCUCUUUGGUCUUAAGAUCUUGAAGUUAAUGUUUGAAUUUACAGGUGGAUUCAAAGAAGACAGAUAAAAAAGUGGAUGAAAGUUAUCUGUAAGGAGAAUACAGUGGAGCACUAGCUAUGUUUAUGAAUUUGCUGGCCCUUCCUCUCUCCCCCAACAGCCUUACAUGUCUAAGAGUUUUUACAAAUGUUCAUUCAUUGUUGGAGAUGACAAACUUUAAGAUACCACAUUUAUUUAUUUAUUGUUACAUAAUCGGAAUCUCCUUCAGUCACUCAUGGCACAUUUUUUAAAAUCUUUCUUUUGUUUGUUUUUAUGCGUUAGCCAGAUAUCAUCUUUGGGGCCCCCAAAAGGGGUUGCACU